AUGAAGGUCACCGCUGCCAUCCUCCCACUCAUCGCCUCGGCCACCGCAUCAUGCCUGCACGGUACCUCGCUGCUGCCCCGUUCCGCCGAUGGCAGGGUUGACAUCAACUCGUUCAACUACACCAACACUGGUGGCCCUCUGACCUGGUAUGGCCUUAGCGAGAAGAACUCUGCUUGUUCCACGGGCAAGCACCAGUCUCCCAUCGACAUUGUCACCGAGGACAUUGACUACGCUACCGCCAACUCGAUCCGCUUCAAUGUGCCCAGCACUAACAACGCCAAGUUUGAGAACCUGGGCUCCGGCCUUGAGGUUGUCCUGACCAACGGAACCCUGGUCACUAGCAGCGGCUCCUACAACCUUGCUCAGUUCCACUUCCACACUCCUUCCGAGCACCGCAUCAACGAGGAGUACUACCCCAUGGAGGUCCACUUUGUCUUCGAGAACUCUGCCAGUGCAAUUGCUGUUGUUGCCUUCGUCUUCGAACUGUCCCAGUUCGGCUACUCCACCCGUCUCUUCGACUCCGUUUUCGCCCACAUUGAUGACAUUGCCACUCCUGGCACCUACACCAAGACCGGCCACCUCGACUUCACUGCCCUGACUGCUCACCUGAACUCUCACGGUAUCUACCAGUACACCGGCUCCCUUACCACUCCCCCUUGCUCGGAGGAUGUUGCCUGGUUCCUCAGCACCGAGCCCCUGCCUCUGAAUGUGCAGAGCUACAACGCCGUCAAGCACAUUCUGAAGUUCAACGCCCGUUACACUCAGAAUGCUCUGGGUCAGGACAACCUGCUUGAGGUUGCUGCCAGCGAGCUGAACUAA